GAAAAGUCACUCACUUCCGGUGACGUCACGCGUGGCGGGCUCGUUCAAGAGGCGGCGAGCUAAGCUUCGGCGUGUGUAGCACGCGCGGUAAUGUCCGGGCAGGAGAAGCGUCCCCCGCCGCUGAAGGCGCUGUCCGGCCAGCUGAGGCCGGCCGACGGCGGCGGCUUCGUGGUCAAAGCGGGCCGGGGUCGCGCUCUGGCGGCGUCGCUGGUGUGGAUGCAGGGGACGGUGCUGGACGUGCAGCUCGACAGAGACGCGGUGCAGCUGCUGGACGACAGCGGCACGUUCGCUGUGCGCGGCGUCAACAGCGUCCCCAAAGGGAGACCGUGUCUGUGCCGAGGUAAAUAUGUCAUGGUGAUGGGCGUCAUCCAGGCCGCGUCGCCGGAGCCAGCCAUCCGUGCGGUGAAGAUGGCCGACCUCUCGGAUCUCUCUGCACUCCACAGACGCAUGUGGAAGCUGGAGGUGGACGACCUGCAGCAGGUGAUGGCCUGAAAGCGGAGCUGCAGGUGGGAACGCUGUCGCAGCAGCUGGACGCGCAGUAUCGAGCGGAAAAAAAAACCUGCUCACAGGACGAAACAGGAGCUCAUCCCAGAUGUUCAGAAAUUUGAAAAAACAAAAAGACACAAGUGUCUAUUUAUGUUUUAUAUGUUGCAGCAUCCCUCUGCUUGUUUGACGAGGUUAGGUGGCCUAAGAAAUGUUUUGUAAUUAUUUAUUUAUAGCACAUGUGUAUGUUGAAUAAAUUUGGACAUGACAGAAUUAAAUAUUUAUGCGCACUGCACCAGGCUUAAA